AUGGCAAACCCCUUUGGUUCAAGGACCUUCGAAACAUGGAUGGAAAGACAGCAGAGGAACUAUUUGAAGAAAAUUCACUCAUCUCUUCGAGAAGAAGCAGAGAAAGUAGCAAAACACGUGAGUGAUAACUUAACUAUCGCCGCCACCCUCAUCUGCACAAUUAAUUUCGCAGCACUUUUCACGGUCCUUGGUGCCUUCAAUCAAGAUACCAGGGACCCCAUGCUCCUCUCCGAUCAUUGGCAGGAAAUGCAGUUCUUCAUGGCUUACAUAGGGUUAGCUCUGUUCUUCGCCUUUCUUUCCUUGACAAACCUCAUUCUAAUCCAAGUAUCGCGGUUCGACACCAAUGAUUUUCACAUUGCAAUUCCAGUAAAAACCAUAGUAGCCUCCCUCACAAUUAUGUACUCCACCGGCUUGUCCACCACCGCUUAUUUGCAGGGCUAUAUACUCGAGAGCCACCCGGGGACCUUCAUAGCCACCUUUUUGAUCUUUUACAUGUUCGUUGUUUGGUUUGUGUUGGCCCUCGUAAUGGUAGACACCACGUUCUCAACUUUAGAUUGCAUGUACUAUGCACUUCUCCAUUUGAUUACUUAUAAAAGUCGGGGCAUAUAG